GUAUUUUAUUACCAUUUUACCCCCACUUUAUUGAUUUUGUUUGUCUCUUUCAAAUUGGGCCUAUUUUUUCGGACGGGAAAUACGGCAGGUGAUUUUCUGAAAUUGGAGAAUUGCUCAAAUCCAUUUAUCGUCAUCAUCGUCUACACACUACGAGGCUACGACCAGGAGAAUAUCAACUUUUUGAAAAUAAUUAAAUGGAAGAGGUGGUGUCUGAUUCUGCACUUCCAUGGAGUUGGGUUGUUGAAGCCUUAGCAAAGUCUCAACUAGUGGAUGCAUCUCUUUUAAAUGAGUUGCUUUCAAAGGUACCACCGUUAUUGGGUAAUUCGGGAAAACAGGCAAAAGAAGCUGCUGCUUUGAGGUGCUUGGAAGAGCACUUUGGUCCUAAUUUAUCAAGUGAGAAUCAUGAAGUAUGUGAUGAGUCGAAAGUUAGGUUUGAUACAGCUGAAAGCUGUGAAACAGCCCUUCGGCACAUGACUUCAUGUUUUGAGGGUGCAUCUAAUGAGCUGAAAUGGGAUAUACGGUCUUUUAUCAACCACAAGAAAGCAAGCUUGCCUAGAUCCACUCUGGAAUUGUUGAAGGAUACAAUUUCAGAAGGCACUCAUCCAAUUGUUGCAUCAUUGAAGCAAAAUCUUGAACGUGAUUUUUCAGACCAAUGUUUUCUAAAAAUUCCCUUAAAUGAUAAUCAAUGCCCACCUGCAAAGAAGCGAAAAAUGAACUCGGAAUGUGGCAUACAAUCUAAGCAACAGCAUUCAGUUGCUGUUGGUAGCAAUCAAAUCUGUAAGGAUACAGAAGAUGGGCAUCAUCAUGAAGUUAUAAACUACGAAGUAAAUAAGAAAACAUUUGAGAAAGAUGAUGAGCAGACAAAAACCUAUGUGGAAAAUCAUGAUCAGCAAUCAAUUUCACCUAAUAUAGGUGACUGUUGUCAUGAAGAGAUUGACCUUGAAAUGAAAAGCCCAAACUUCUUGAGUUCUCUUAGUGCCUUCACCAGAGACUUCCUUGCAAUGACUGAGGCGCAACCAAAUAUCUGUAUGAAGUGUAAUAAGGAUGGCCAACUUUUAUCUUGUAGCGGUAGCUGUUCCUUGAUGUUUCAUGAAAGCUGCUUGGGUUGUUCAGCCAGCUUUGAUGAUCAAGGAAAAUUUUACUGUCCAUUCUGUGCAUAUUCCCAUGCUAUUUCUGAGUAUGUUAGAGCCAAAGAAAAGGUUUUUUCAACAAGGAAAGAGCUAUCUCGAUUUAUUGGAGGGAGGACACUUGACCAACCACAGCAUAAUGGCAAUACAUCAUCAGGGGGAAAUGUCAACCAAGAUAGACAUAUGAAUGCCGAUCAAACAACUAAAGUGAAGGAAGGUGCUAAUAAUGCAACUCAAGUAACUGAUCCCUAUCAGAGUAAUUUGAAAGGUAAACAGUUCGACCUUUCACACUCAACUGCCUGCUUGGAUACAAAUAGAUUGGUACUUGCUACAAGCCAACAUAUUUCUUUUGAAGACAGAAAAGGUGCUGAAAUUGUCACCCAUCAUUUAAGAGGUCCAGAAGGAAUCUGGAAUUACAGACAGGAUGAUCGUUGUUGUGAUGGUGCCACUUUUUCUGGUAAUAUUGAACAGUUCUUGGAUGGAACUUUGAAAUUCUUGGAACUAAAAAGGAAAAAUGACACAAGGUGUAAAAUUGCCAAGCUUCGUGUAGAUGCUUCCCAUGAAUCAAUUUGUAAUUUAGAUGAAUUAACACAAGAUGAAAGGAAUUGCCGCACCAUUUCAUUAUUGUCCCCUAUACCAUUGAGUGCAAUCCCAGCUAGACGGAAGAAGGUUCCAUGGACAGCAGAGGAAGAAGAUAUGUUAAUGUAUUAAUGCAUGUUCAUUCAUUUGCCUAUUCCGCAGAAAGCCGUAAAUAUAUUUGCCAAAGGGGAUGACCGAGUGGUUCCAUGGAAAGUUAUAUUGCAAUGCGGAGGAUCUGUGUUUCAGCCAGGUAGAACAGCCGUAGACCUCAAAGACAAAUGGAGGAAUUUAAGCCGAAAAAUGGCCGCAAAGCAAACUUAAGUUAUAUAUAUAUAUAUAUAUAUAUAUAUAUAUAUAUAUAUUUGUUAAUCCUGUUUUGUAGAUAGCUCUUUCUUUCCUUUAGUAGUAGUUUUUUUAAUCUUGAAUGUAUACAGAAGAUGACCUUCUUUUGUAGAAGGGUAGUUCCUUUUAUAAGUAUAACAAUGGAUCGACCUCUUUUUUGUGGUCAAGGUUAUUCAGCUAGUAUUAUCUUGUAGUUCAGUGAACCGAUUGUUAGUUACUUGAACGUAAUUAGGUAUGAAAUUAUUUGUCACCUUGUAAUGGAAACAUAAAUGUAAUAUGUUGAAAAAUUGAAUAAAAUAAACCUUUUAAAAAGAAUUCUCAAUAAGCUUCUGGAA